CUCUCUUCCCCCCGCGUCGUCACUCUCAUCUCGCUCUCCCUUCUUUAGGGGAACUUUCUUCCCAUCUGCAAACCUUUCCCAAAUCAAAAGAGAACAACCUCAAGUCAGUUAACAACAAUGACAUGGUCACGAUUGGUAGCAGCUGCGAGGACGGCCAGGCCGCUCUUCGCCUCGCCCGCCCGCCAGGGCCGGUCCCUCGCCGGAUUGACGGCAUCCACCACGGCCCCGGCUCCGAAAGCGACAAUUGUCCUGGCUCGUCAACCGUCACAGUAUCGCCUCUACUCCUCCUCCUCCCCCUCCUCUCGGAGGAACUGGAAGGAAAAGCUCGCCGCCUUCUCCAAGCAAGACAAGACGCCGCUGUAUGAUUUUCACAUUGCCCACGGCGGCAAGAUGGUCAUCUUUGGUGGCCACCACAUGCCGGUGCAGUACGCUGGCCUCUCCCUCGCCGACUCCCACCACUUCACCCGCACCCACGCCUCCCUCUUCGAUGUCAGCCACAUGGUUCAACACCGCUUUACGGGCCCACGCGCCGCCGCCUUCUUGGAAACCGUUACCCCCUCCAGCGUCGCCGACAUGGAGGUUAACACGAGCAAGCUCAGCACGUUCUUGUGGCCGGGCACCGGCGGCAUUGUCGAUGACACCAUGAUCACACGCCUCGGCGAAGAAGAGUUCGCUCUCGUCUCUAACGCGGGAACCCGCGAGAAGGUCUUCAAGUACCUCACCGAGCAGACGGCCGAGCUGCAGAAUCCCGAGGGCAAGGAGUUCUGGUGGGAGGUGCUCGAGGGCUACGGGCUGAUCGCCCUACAGGGCCCCCAGAGCGCCGAGAUCCUCCAGGAGGUCGUCGACCCGGCCGACGGCGUGGACCUGACGAGCUUGUACUUUGGCAACACCGCCUUCGCCCGGCUGAGGUACCAGGUCGACGGCCAGUGGAAGUCGACGUCGGACAAGGCUAUGAUCAGCCGUGGAGGUUACACGGGCGAGGACGGCUUCGAGAUCUCGUUCAAGUCGACCGGCGGCGAGGCAGACCCACUGGCUCGGACGCUGAUGAAGGUUGCCGGGCCCGAGAGGCUUCAGCUCGCAGGCCUCGGUGCGAGGGAUAGUCUGCGCCUCGAGGCCGGCAUGUGCCUGUACGGCCAUGACAUUGAUGAUACGACGACGCCGGUGGAGGGCAGCCUGUCAUGGAUCAUCCCUAAGGAGCGGAGGACCAAGGGCGGCUUCCACGGCGCCGAGGUCAUUAACAAGCAGAUCGUACCCAAGAGCAAGGGUGGCACCGGCAUCGAGAGGCGCCGUGUUGGUUUUGUGGUGAACGGCGCCCCCGCUCGCGAAGGCGCCGAGAUCUUCACCAAGGACGGUGAGAAAGUCGGUGUCAUUACCAGUGGCUCGCCCAGCCCGACUUUGGGCAAGAACAUUGCUAUGGGGUACAUCAAGGAGGGCCUGCACAAGUCGGGCACCGAGUUGGAUGUCGUGGUGCGAGGAAGGAAGAGGGCGGCGACGGUCGCCAAGAUGCCGUUUGUCCCCAGUAAAUACUUCAAGGGACCGAUCCCCGCACCCGCGUGAUGAACCGCGGGCUGUUUCAAUAAAUCAAGUUCAAAGGUAUCCCGGCAGAUUGCAGUGCCACUUCGACCCCAUCGUCCUACCCAUUCUCAUCGAGCAUGUAGCAGGCGACACCAACCUAGGUAGGAUGCACUAGGCCACUGUGUCUUUCUUUCAAGUAUACAUUCGCAGCGUUUGAUGAUGAGGUCAAACGUUGAGCGGAGUUUCAAGCCCAUAAUGUGCGGAUUGAUACAUGUAGCCACUUCUUCAUGGGAAGCCAUCACGGAAGCGCAAAGCGAUGACGACCCUCAAACGAGGGGCUAGAUAAUCUGGCAACGAUGACCUGAAUUGCGGCAAACAUGGCAGAGGUUGGCUGGCAGCGUGUAUUGGCAGGAUCGUGU